AAUCUAUAGAUCGUCAUUCACAACCUGCAACAUGAGGGGAAUAUUUCUAUGUGUCGUUGAUCCUGGAGAAGCUUGGAUACAUGUGGAUAGAAAUGUAAUGUGGAUGUACGGCAAGUGGAAAUAAACGUGCUAACCCUUCACACAAAUCUCUCUCGCCUCUGUGAUGGAUGAAUUAAAACAGAACCUGGAACCUUCUUACAGCUCACGACUGUUCAGUGGCUGUGGACUCAAGUGUACUUUCACCACUACAAGACAAAAGGAGAGGGAGUGGUUUGAUCGGGAAUAGUGUGCUAGGACUUUUCUAAGCAUUUCGGGUAACCAUGGCAACAAAGUUCCACAUACACACAAAUGGAAAACGUGUCAGGGAGUAAAAGUGUCUCCUCCGCGGCUGCUGCUCUUCGCUUCUGUCCGGUUCCGUUCGAUCAUGGCUUUUCCUCAGAGUUUCCUCUUCCAGCCCUCCGUGUCUCUGGCUCUUCACUCCUCUCCUUCUUCUUCUUCUUCCUCUUCCUCCUCCUCCUCCUCUUCCUCCUGCGCCUCCUUCAGCUCCGGGCUCUUCUUAGGACCGAGGAGGACGGAGCAGCUCGGCCGGUCCUCUUCGGGCUCCGCCUUCGCUCCGUACGCGGCGUCGGCGGCUGUUUCCCCGGGUUUCACCUCACACCUGCCGUUCAGCCCCGGAGGAGGCGGAGGAGGAGAACCGCGGCCCGCCGCCCUCAACCCUUUCAUGACUCCAGGUUACGACCCUUCCUCCUCCACCAUCUCCGUGUCUUUGGACUACCACCCGUUCGGGCCCCUGGGGGCGUACCCAUACGGAGACCCCGCCUACAGGAAGAACGCCACGCGAGACGCCACGGCCACGCUGAAGGCCUGGCUCGGCGAGCACCGGAAGAACCCGUAUCCCACCAAAGGCGAGAAGAUCAUGCUGGCCAUCAUCACCAAGAUGAGCCUGACGCAGGUGUCCACGUGGUUCGCCAACGCUCGCCGCCGCCUGAAGAAAGAGAACAAGAUGACAUGGACGCCCAGGAACCGCAGCGAGGACGAGGACGAGGAGGACAACAUCGAGCUGGAGAGACAUGAGGAGGAUGAGGAGGCGAUGAAGACGAGCAGGGAAGAGACGAAGAUGAAGAGAGAUGAGGGCGCAGGAGACUCCUGUGCUCUGACGUUCGACGGCAGCAGAAGCGGUGACGCUGACCUCAGUUUCACUUGUCCAGACUUCGCAGGGUCUGUGGACAGGAGACCGCCCCACAUCCCAGGCUCCGCCUCCACAGAGGCCCCUCCUCCAAACAUCACACUCAGUACGCUGGACUGCACGAGUCCAACAUCUAAGACGCGCCCAGACUCGUGUGGUGCCAUCCAGGGGCCAAAACCCAAACUGUGGUCGCUCGCUGAGAUCGCCACGUCUUCUGACAAAACAAAAGGAUAUAAUGACACUUCACAGAGCGGGGGCGCCAGAGAGCAGGAGGCCACCCCCACGCCACGGACCCUGUUCACCCACAGCCCCGCCCUGCACCGACACCUGUACUACACCUCCCCUUUUAGCCCAGGAUUCUCUAACUCCCUGGACGGCAUAAACGGAUUACAGCAGACGAUGCUGCAGCACGCCGAGUUCAUGGCGAGAGACUGUAAACGCCGCAGCGAGAAUCAGCUGGAGCUGCACGAACUCACCAAGGGCAUGACGCACGUGUAGAGAGCGACCUUUAAACACAUUUAUUCAAAGGACUGAAGUGAGGAAUUGUGGGAUUUUUUUAUUUUUUUGUGACACUUCCUGGAUGUUGAAGAAAAAAAACAUAUUUAAACAAAGGACGAAAUAUUCACUUUGACACGUUGACUGUUUUUUCUAUGUUGGUGAGAUGUUAACGUUUGUUCUGCACAAAACACGAGGAAUCAUUAAAAAGUAUGUUUUACUGAAACACAACUGAUCCGUUUCUGAGCAGAAAUCACAACCUACUGGGACAGAUUUGACUGUAUAUCCAUAAAUGCUGCUCAAAUAGUUAACGGGAUUAUUUGUCCAAUAAUCCCAUUGACUGCAUUGACUUUCAUUCAUUUGGACACCCUAAACAAAGCCUUAUCCUUAAUCUUAACCUUAUCUUAAAAACCUGUUCAAUACUUUAUUUUACGUUGAGCCAGACUUUUCUGACUACAAACAUGGAGGUUUGUGUAUCUUUGUAAGUCCCUUGAUCUCCCUUGAUUUUAGUCACUAAACUAAACACUUAGCUUAUAAAAUCUACAUUAGUUUAGGUCUACGGUGUCUUAAGAACAUGUUUCACGUCUUUAUCUCACUGUUAGACAGAAUUUUCCAACAGGAAACUGAAGUUUGUAAAGCACUCACUCUCCCACACCAAAGUCCAUAGAGAAAAUCAGUGAUUUUAACAUCAUAAACACAGGAGCUGUCAUUCCACUGCUGCCUCCAUCACUAGGUUCAAAUGUCUUAUUUUGUGACGUCAAGUGUUUAAAAUUGUUCCAAGUGACAUCAGUGACACAAAGUGACCACACGGGGCAGCAGCAGACCAGCAGCUCCUGUGUCCCUGUGAGUUAAAAACGUUGAUUUUCUCUCUGGACUUUGGUGCAGGUGUGUGAGUGAUUUACAAGCUUCAGUUUCUGGUCAGAAAACGGUGUCUAACUGUGUGAUCAAGUACCAAACAUAUUCCUAAAGACAUCGUGGACUUAAGAAUGUGUAGCGUGGUUGUAUCACUGUGGUUCAAUUAGAUCUGACCAAACCUGGCCUGACUCGGCUUACGAUAAGACCAAACUGGAACCGGUCAAGUCCAGAUGAAACUACGGUGUAAUUGGAGGUGUUGAUGAGUUUAUAUAAAUGUUUUUAUAUCAGUUAUGUCAGUCUCACUCAGACUGAAAACUGUCUGAGUGAGACUGACAGCUCCCUCACCACCGGAGUUAAACGCUGUCAGACAAACAUUGAGCGUGUCAACGUUGUCUGACCGCGGGCCGUCUCACCCCCACGACUGGCAGAUGUCGCGCCGCAGUGAUGCCACUCGAACCUCCUGCCACGCAGAUCCCCUGCUCCCUCCCCCUCCACCACCACCGUCAGCUCCAGCAGCUGGGCUCACAGGGGUAGACCAGCAGGCAGCUGUCCCUCAAACUACACAAACUCGGUCCCCCCGGCAGAGCCACGGGGACCAAACCCGUCUGCUUCGUUCAGUCUGACCCUCCAUCAUCACACAAACAACACGCUAAGCGCAAGAUGUUACUGUUGUCACGUUCCAUUUACGUCGGAGCUCGGAUGUCGGAGCAAUCUGGUGAUUUUACCCAUUUUUCUUUAAUUCAUUUUCUUACCAAAAUGUUACACAGUGGACUUCAUUUUAACAACUUCUCUCAGUUCUUGAAGUGAUAGUUCACGCGUUUUGAACGCACUUCAGACCAAAAAUUUGUUUUUUAAACAUGUAAAAUAUAAGUGACAAGACAUUUUAAAGAGCAUUCUGAACUAUGAUAACACUGUCGAAGAAUAUUUUUGUUCCUUUAUCGCACUUCAAACUGAAGUUUGUCAACUGCACCAAAGUAAAACAAACAAAAUAACACAUUUGAACUCGCUGAUGGAGGCAGCAGUGGAUCAACAACUUCCUGUGUGCUGUGAUAUUAAAAUCAGUGAUUUUCUGUGUUUGCAGUAAACAAACUUCAUUUUGCAGUAGACAGUGUAAUCAUACGUCAAACUGCCCAAAAUAUCUCUUUAAAAUGUAUUUUCACUCAUAUUUUAUAUGACAUAUGUUUAAAAAGAAAAUAAAUAAUGGCACAAAUUAAAACGCCUUUUUAUCGCCGUGGUCUGAAGACACAAAAGACUUAGUCUUAUUAUAGGAGACAUUACUUUAAAAUCUGACAUUUAAAACUAAAAGCUUUUGAAGUAAAAUCUACAGAGUGAGUGACGACGUGUG